CCCUUCGCGUUUUAUUGGCUCUUACAGCGGCGACACAUUUUCCCGCCUUUUCCAGCUCCUGUAUCCCAGCUGCUUAGCAUGGAGGCGGCUGUUGCUGCCGUCCCUGUACAGGAGUCUCCUCCGCCCGAAGCGGAUGGCAGCCAGGCCGAGGUAGACAAUGGAAACACAGCGGCGGCGCCUCCUCCUACUCCUCCCGAAAAGCCACAGAAACAGUCCCGGCUGCCCCUGGCCCGGGUGAAAGCUCUGAUGAAAUCUGAUCCAGACGUGUCACUAGCCACCCAGGAGUCUGUGCUUAUCAUCAGUAAAGCCACGGAAUUAUUCAUUGAAACUAUUGCCAAGGAUGCUUUUAUAUAUGCUCAACGUGGAAAGAGGAAAACCCUACAGCGCAAAGAUCUAGAUAAUGCAAUAGAUGCGAUUGACGAGUUUGCUUUUCUGGAAGGUACCCUAGAUUGACCCUGGUUGGACAUGGCAUCAGAAACUCGCCUUAUGGCAUAUUGAGGAACAGCAGGAUUUUAUUUUGUUUCACAUUCACCACUGUAGAACAAACUCUUUAUUUUUUUUUCAUGAUUCAUGCCAUAUUGUAUAAUAUGUAUAUAAUUGUGUUUAUUAUAAAAUGGUAAAGUAUCUUAAA